GAGGUACAGUACCUGGAUGACGAGCGCGUGCAUGACACGUGGUAUCCAGCGCAUAUUGUAUCGCGGUGCAGAGAAGAAAUUUCUAGAGUACAAGCAUGGCCUCGUCCCUUUACUUCCAUCUCGCUGUAGCACUUCUGCUCGUGCUGCAGGGGAACCAGAUACUUUUGAUCUCGAGAAGGUGGUGGAGAGGUUCGUAGAACGCGAGGCCAAGGAGAUCAAAAGGGAUGUAUUUUGGUUGGACUUUCAUCGCGAUCAUCACGAGGCCAAGGAAUACGGUGAAGAGCGCCAACCGGUGACUGCGUCAGCGGGACCUGUGGUGUACGGCGCAACGAAGAGCUCAGCAAAGCGACCAAACGUGGUAUAUACUCAGUGGGUCCACAAUGGGCAGGCGUCUUCGUCCCAGACGACCACCCUUGAAAGAAAGACCGAGCACAAGAAGACUGCCAGCUGGCACGUUGAAGCUGGUUUCAGUUAUUCCGGCUCCGUAAAAGCCAGUGCCAGUAUUUGGAAAAUUGUGAACAUUGAAACCGAGCACAAAAUAAGCUUAGACCUGAAAGGGGGAUACCGUGAAGAAGUCUCUGACACGGAGACAUUCUCGGUAAAUCAGGUCGUCACCGUGCCUCCAAUGAAGUCUGUCAAGAUUGACUGGAUCAUCACAGACGCCGUGCAGGAAGUUCCUUGGACAUCGACCGUCACCGUAACCGGAGACUUCGCUGUGAAGUACACGGACGGUUCCAUCCCUUGGUUUUACAAGCUCCACUUUCUCCAAGAUUCCCGUCUAAAGGAUAUAGGAAACGAUACGUACCUAUACACUGCUAAAGGAACGUUUAUGGGAGUCGAGGCACACGAGGCUCAUCUCCGCGUCACGGAGCACGAUUUUCAGCCGUACGAAGGAAGGUCUUCGGCGGUCAGGACAUACACCAUUCCUUUGAGCCUGGCACCGCAUACUCCUGCGGCGAAGGCUCUGCAAUACUUCAGAUCUUCUACAUCGGAGGAAAAUACAUAUCAUUAUUUUGGGAUUUAUUUUUUUAAUAUUGUAGCGUCAGUGUUGAGAGUGACCGGGUUGUGGUCGUAGAAGGAAACAAAUAAGUAUAAAAUUAUUUUCAUACACUCAGCUUUGAUUUGAUAAAAAAAAGUUAAAUCAUGAGGGUAAAAUAUUUUUUCGUAGUAAUUUCUCACUUAUUUAGAACUUCAGAGGAAAUCUUGUUGAGGCUAUGUGUAGAGAAUCAGUGAGUAAUACUUAAUACAUAAAGACACAAUACCCGGAUCGUGCUUUGCAAUAAAUAAUUCGCUUAAACGGCAGAAGGUAGAGCGAAACUUAUCAGUGAGGCUCAGAAAUAGGAAAAAAAAUUAUAUUUAAUGGCAUUUUCAGGGCUAGACGUGAUGAAGGCACAGAAGUGGAACAUCACCUGACAUGUGUUUACCUCAUUCAGACACCGUGGGGAAGUCUGAAUGAAAUAAAUACACGAGAGAGAGAGAGAGAGAGAAAGAAUAAACCUCACAUUUUCAA